CCUCAAACCGUGGGUUACAAAUUGAAGACUAAAGUUCAAAGGAGCAAGUCGAGCCACUGUGAACUUUGCCUUAUCUUCAGCGACCAUGACAAUCUGCUCCACCUUUUUCCCUCAAAUUCCUGCCCGUUUCACAGCAAGACCCAUUUCUUUUUUUCCCACAAAAUCACUGCUUUCUCUUUCUUUCAGGGCUUUCUCUUCUCAGGCCUCUAAUGCUUCAACCAAAGGUACUUCUUUUCUUCUUCUAUUUCCUCAAAUUUGCUGGGUUUCUCCGCAAUAAGAUAACAUUUAUUUUACAUCUCACUAAGUAUCAUCCAUCUCAAGCAAGAGCUAAUUUGAAAGCAGCAGAUGAAUUGCCAGGACGGAUUGGCUUUCUUGGACUUGGAAUCAUGGGUUCACCAAUGGCACAAAAUCUCAUAAAAGCUGGAUGUGAUGUGACUGUGUGGAAUAGGACUAAGAGCAAAUGUGAUGCUCUCAUCAACUUGGGUGCGAAAUAUAAACCCUCUCCUGAAGAAGUUGCUGCAUCCUGUGAUGUCACAUUUGCCAUGCUUGCUGAUCCUGAAAGUGCAAUUGAUGUUGCUUGUGGGAAGCAUGGAGCUGCAAUUGAUGGUUCCACAUCUAAAUUGAUCAAUGAACAUAUAAAAGCAACUGGGGCAUUAUUUCUAGAGGCUCCAGUUUCAGGCUCCAAAAAGCCUGCAGAAGAUGGGCAGCUGAUAUUUCUUACUGCAGGUGACAAAUCUCUAUAUGAUACAGUUUCUCCAUUCUUAGACAUCAUGGGAAAGUCAAGAUUUUACCUUGGAGAGGUUGGAAAUGGAGCUGCAAUGAAGCUUGUUGUCAAUAUGAUCAUGGGGAGCAUGAUGGCAUCAUUUUCUGAAGGAUUGCUUUUAAGUGAAAAAGUAGGACUCGACCCAAAUGUACUAGUUGAGGUAGUCUCACAGGGUGCUAUUAGUGCCCCAAUGUACUCACUUAAAGGUCCAUCAAUGGUCAAAUCUCUCUAUCCAACAGCGUUUCCCUUGAAGCAUCAACAAAAGGACCUAAGACUUGCUCUGGAAUUAGCGGAAUCUGUUUCUCAAUCAACCCCUAUUGCAGCAGCAGCAAAUGAGCUAUAUAAGGUGGCAAAAUCACAUGGACUGAAUGAUGAAGAUUUUUCAGCUGUUAUUGAAGUACUGAAAGCAAAGUCAAAGGAGUAGACAUUAUAGCAGAUUCAGUCAUUCCUUGGAGCUGAUCAUUAAACCAUAUCAUCCACAGCUUGAUUGAUAAUUUGGAUAUGCAUGCUUCUAAUAAAUAAAAUUUAUUUAAGUAGAGCUUAUUCUUGAAGUCUACCUUAAACUGUCAACUUUCUUUUUGUCUCCUAGUUCUAGAUUGGCAGGAAAAAUUCAGUUGUCAUUGCAACCUGAUUCAUUAAGGUUGGAAAUGAAUUUCUUGCCCAGAAUGGGAAUUUUCCUUUUUUUUUUCCCGAGGCCGACCUGACAAACACAUCUCUGAUAAGAAAAAGGCAGAGGUUUU